AUGCCAACCCGACCAGUCGGCGGCAUGCGCCCUGACCCAGGCAUGAUCACGCCGCCGAUGUCACGACGUGGUACCGAAGAUGUUACUGCCGCCUCGGCUAGUCCGUCAAUCAAGCCCGGUGUUCCGAUCCGCAAGCAUUCACAAUCUCACCACGGCAAGUAUGUCAACGAAGGACGUGAUCGAGAUAGCUACGCAGUCACCCCGUAUGAUUCCCGUCAGCAGAUGUUCAUCGAUGAAGAAGAAAGAGCAACGCAGCGAAGCCAAUAUCAGUCAACGGCUGAAUAUCCACAACCAACAUCACCCAGGCACCCACCCAAUGCAAUCAGGACCUAUCCUCCUGUAUCACAAAGUUGGAUCAGCUCUGCGGGGAGAGCUCCAAUGUCGGGCCUGUCGGAUACCCAGCUAAAGAUGCUCAUCGACUCGGGCGCCCUCAAGGGAGGCCAGCGCGGUCACAAGUUUGGAGGCAUCUAUUUGGAUGGUAGUGGGAGUGCUUUGUGCGGGAAUGCAUAUGUGGACCCGCUACUUGCUCCUCUCGGUAAAGUUCACGACUUCGGUACCAUUAGAGCAGGUAAAAAGUGGAACGGCGUAUUUUUGGGAGGAGAUCAACAUGUCUCGUUGGUGGAGAAUGUCUUUGAUGGAGUAAGAAAGCAGAACAUGGGCUCCAGAGGUGCUCAUGGACCUAUGUACGUUGACGAGGAGGAGGAGGACUUUUCAUAG